AUGGAGGUCGAGGCUCAGACCCAAGCCUUCCAUCCACCUGUAGUUCGUUCACCUGAAAGUUUGCGUCAACGUCAACGAGAUCGAUUGUCCCCUAGAGGCCGUUUUGCGACAAUUAAUACUAUACCUACACCUGUCACAGAGGUCGAAAGACAAAAUAAUAAUGUGCCAUCAUUGUCAGCUCCGAAUUUGAGGAUUACUGGAAAGAGAAACCCGAACCGACAGAAAAAGCUGAUGCAGGAGAGUUCGCGCAAUGAUAAUAAUGUUUACCGGCGGGCUAAGAGAGAGGUAGACGAUGAGAAAGGCAGUAUUGCUCCUGAUGGGGGAUCUGCUGGCCGGGAAGGUAGACAAUUUACCGUUGCUAAAGUUGGGAAUGGUGGAAAGAUAUACUUACGCCCGUCAAUACGUCCAGCAAACCAGCGCUAUCCUCAGCCAUCUUUCGUCUUUCCAACAACACCACCAGACACUGCUGGACCUGAUGCUGCCAGAUUUCGUGGAGAAGAGGAGGAGGAUUUGAGUCACCGCAGUAGUCUUUGGUCCCCGUCAAAGUCGGCAUCGAGCCUAGCCCAGCGAAUAGAAUUUGCAGCUCCACCAAAAACACGACGCGCGAGAGCACACUCAUACUCGACUGUAGACGAUCAAUACGCCCCAGUCACCGACAAGGACGCUGGUGCUUUCAAGGUUGUUAUCGAAAGGCCCGGGACCGGUACGGCCACCCAAAAGCCUGACUUUUUUCAAGGUACUCCUGCUCUAGAUGUCACUAUCCCUUCGUACAAGUUAGGAAAACCACGAUUCAGCAUGCGCGGCACCCCUUUCCUUCGAGGUUCUUAUACGAACACCAAUGAUGACCCUAGUGCCGUCAGUGGUCCACCAAGCCCAAACUACCAACCAUGCCCAAUGCCAUCGCCAAGAAUUGUUAAGCCCUCGAGAGCCAUUGAGCCCGAAAUGUUCGAUGCUCUCACUUUCAAGCCAGCUUGUGAUCACCCAUCUAUUGUCCGCUAUGGCGAAAGUGGAGGUAUUAGAGCGGCAACUCCAGCUCGUCUUGUUGCAGAAAUCACGUCUCCCACUUUCGUCGAUUAUGACCUUCUUUCAGAUUUCUUUCUAACGUUUCGAUCAUUUCUCGAGACAACAGAUCUGUUGCUCAUGCUCAUCGCGAGACUGCAGUGGGCAGUUGCGAGAAACGAUGAGAUUGGUACGGUGGUCAGGGUUAGAACUUUCGUCGCGAUUCGCCAUUGGGUACUAAAUUACUUCUUGGAUGAUUAUGUCAUUGACUACGAGUUAAGAGUGUUGUUCUGUGAACGGCUUAAUGCAUUUGCAGAAACACUUCUGCAAGGCGAAACGCACUCAAAGGUGCCCCUAAAGAUAGUAGAGGAGCUGAAGAAGUGUUGGCGGAGAGUAUGUGCAUUAUACUGGGACGGGCCCGAGUUUGACCCAGAUCUUAGAGUUGAGGUUCCAAUAGUUGCUGGGGGAGUAGCUGGUUCCCGAGAUCCCAAUUUAGAUCCAGCUUUCUGGGAGACCCACCCCGCAGGUCCCCCACGACUCGAUGGGAUUAUUGAGCCUGACUUCAUUGAGCAUGACACCUCAUUGGUUGAAGGACGAAACUUCUUCGCCGAUGUUUCUCGUGCAGGUUACAUUGACUCUAUAGCCUAUAAUCCUACCCCUCCAAAUACCAGAGAGGACGACGACGACCCAGAACCACCCCCAUCGCCCACGAGCAUAGUUAGUGAAGACUUUGUAUCAUGCUCAUUUCCUAGUCGAACAAGAGGUGGCGGAACUAUCAACCCCUUGGGGGCGCAUCCAGUUCCUGCCAGCUCUAUAUACGAUCCUGCUCCCCCUGUGGCAACCACACCUAAAGCAUUGGCCGGUAAACGAGUGCGCCCUUCGCAUUCACACAAGCGCAGUGCAAGCUUCUCCGACUCGUUGAGAGAUUGCCGAGCGCAACCAGAUCCCGUACCACCUGUGCAGAAGGUUAUUUACAAGAGUACGGAGUUACUUCUUACUUUGCCUCAUGCUGGAAGUUUAGUGAGGGGAAACCUCUUCCCUCCCGGACAAGCUUUUGUCGAUAUUGUCGCCCCAAGCACUCCAGCAGAGUUUGUUCGAGAAACAACUUUGUUUCCCAGACCGCCACCCAGCCACAAAGGUCCUUCGGCAAUGUCGGGACCAGGGAUGAAAAAACUUUUAGGUAGUGUGCGUCGUGCAUUGAGCACUAGAGCAGGUCAUAACCCCACUGGUUCUCCAACGCAAGGCAGCUUCCCCAAUAUGCCUCCUCUGGGCAUUCGAGGGGCAACUAUAAACCGGCUUCCUGGUACCGCUGUAGUCCCACAAGCUCAAAAGCACGACUCAAUUCGUGCACCAAUGAGGAUUGACUUGCUUGGCGCCGAAGUUGCCGAAGACUUCAAAAGGGCAGUUCGAGAGGAAGAGGAGGCUGAUGAGGCCCGUAAUUCUCGUAUAAUCAAGCAGCCGUCACCGCCAGGGAGUAGCCAUCGCGAAUCAGCAAUCCACUACUCGACUAUGUGCCCCGACAUCACCUUGGAAAAUGCGGGUUCCAUAACUUACAGGUCACCCCGGAGUGAAGUUACAAAUGGAAGCAAGAGUAUCUUAAUUGUUGACGAUACCAUAGCGUUGCCCUUGCCUAUGAUGACCGGCGCAUUGGCCGUGAGCCCAUCUUUCGGCUCAAUCGCUGACACCUUUUUGCAUCUAUCUCAUGGACCUACCCCGCCAACAACGCCCCCAGGAGUUCCUUUCCCUGGAACCCCAAGGAGAUCAUCUCAUCUACUAGGACAUACUGUGAACCGCAGUUUAUCGUUAGAAGGUCUUCCUUCGCUCGUCGGUGACUCGCAGCCAUCAGGAGAAUGUGAGCACCCCUUAGGUCCGCGACCAAUUCCUAGACAUUCAAUGAGGCUUCACAGUCAAACCUACCGAGUCAGAAAAUCUGCAUCACUACGCCGGCAUGCGUCUUUUCAUAGUGGUUUCACUCGGCACCACAGGAGUGAGAGAAGCUUCGAUGCCACCACAUUCACUGAAGAACAAUCAGUGAGGGAAAGUUAUUCUCGGAAUGCGUCUAUCCCGCUUCCACUCCGAGUACUACGAAGAAGACCUGGUGGAGAUUUGAGAGCCGUGGGCAAUGUUGGGGAUCUCAGUAACGCUAACCCUCGACCCAUGUCGACUGGCUCCCUGACGACUUAUUCCGAUUCUGUACGAAGCUCGUAUCUUCUUGGUAGUGGAGAUGAUAGCCGAUACGUCGAUGUAGUAAACAGUGAUUAUGAUGAAACUCAAGCACAUGUAGAGACAUUCUCAUUGGGGGCUUUAGCUGAGGUCACACCCAAAGGCCGCGUCUCGCUAUUCGAUACCCAUUCAUCCCAACCGGUCAUGCGCCCUUCUUUUGAGAAAGAAGCUCAGAUGCUUGCUCAGAUUCCAGAUGACAUUGACGAUGAUGGUGGGGUUGAGUCAGCUCUUCUGAAACUCGAAGGGAAGUUCGAGCAGAGGCGCUCCGAAACCUCAGGUGGUCAAUUUUCUGGCAGAUUUGAGAACGAGGGAAAUACCAAUAGCUUUGGCGGCGGCCCAUAUGAUGUCAGUACACUUAAUUUGGAUUUCGGCCAGGAAGAAAAUCGCAGGCGCCGACAGCGAAAUGUUGUGGACUCGAGAAUUUUCAACAAUCCAAACCCAACUACAUAUCAGUCGCAGCAGGCUUCGGUCAGCACAGAACAUAGACCGACUGCAUAUCAACCGACAGGAGUGCCAAGGACUUCCUCGCUAUCGGGGUCAAAUGGUCUCACGGAUUCAUUUUUUGAAGGCUCUUUCCUUGACAACGCAUUUGACGAGGAUGCAAGUUAUCACAGGCAUACACACAAUUGGUCAGAACACUCAAUUCUUGAAGGGCCCGAUGAAGAGCACCAACUGACUACGGACAACACUUCGCAUUCCUCUCAUCAUGGAUCCUUUGAUUUCAUAACUGAAACAGAAAGCCUGCGAAGAAUGCGCCCCGGCGCAGAAGGACCUGCUCGUGAGAGUGGUACUCAGUCGUUCCUCAACAUUGACAGUGAUCUUUCUUCGGAAAUGUCUGUCAUUUCGCAAUCCGAAUAUAUUGAAGAAAUGCCAAACAUGGCUGUCCCAGCUUCGCAUCCUUUGAGACAAGAGGCAGUGAUUAAGGAAACAUCUCACCCAUCUAAAUCAGCACAUCAUCCUCCAUCGCCUCCAAUAACUUUUGUGCAGGCAUUGAAUAUGUCUCCAAACACUGCGAAUAUUUCUCAGAUCCAUGAUUCCCAGCUGGAGCAGAGAAAUUCGCUACCACCAACUCCAGAUAUCACACCCACUACUGCCCUCGGUUCAAGUGGAUUUGGCAGAGAUGCCUUGCGGCCCAGUGGUACAAGUGAAGCUUCUCGUAAAACAUCUGUCCACCUACCCUUCAUUCUUGCCUUUGAUUCGCGAGUCCUUGCUCAACAGUUUACUCUCAUUGAAAAGGAUGCAUUGAAUGAGAUUGAUUGGAAGGACCUCAUCGAAAUGCGCUGGAGAGAUGCUGCUACGGAUACUCGCUCUUGGGUUGAAUUCCUGCGCUCGUCGGAACCUCGAGGGGUGGAAGUUGUCAUCGCUCGGUUCAACAUAAUGGUCAAGUGGGCUGUGUCUGAAAUAGUCUUGACUGGUGAUCUGGAAGAACGAGUUCGAUGCAUCAUCAAAUACAUUCACAUUGCCGUGAAUUGUCGGAAAUAUCGAAACUUUGCUACGAUGACACAACUCACGGUGGCUCUGACCUCUAAGGAUAUCUCCCGUCUUACCUCGACGUGGGCCCACGUUCCAGCGUCGGACAUACAAACACUUCACGAAUUGGAAGAACUUGUGACACCUACUAGUAAUUUCCAUAACUUGAGAGCUGAGAUGGAAGGCUGCGGUGCAGAUCGAGGCUGCAUUCCAUUCGUUGGAAUCUAUACUCAUGACCUCAUCGUCAACUCGGAGCGCCCAAGUCAAUUUGCAAGCACGCCAACAACGGAACCUUUGGUAAACUUCGAGAGGUGUCGAUGUGAAGCAACUAUCACAAAGAAUCUUCUUAGAUUGCUUGAGGCUAGCCAAUUGUAUAGAUUUCUUCCCAUAGAAGGCAUCACUGAAAGGUGUUUGUGGAUGGCAGCAUUACGAGAUGAGGACAUUGCGAAAUAUGGGAAGUCGAUUCAAAAUUGA